UGUCGGGAGGCGGGUUUAGCAAGCUACCGUUGCCGUCUGGCGCAGGAGGUAACGGGUGUGAGGAGCGGGGUUGGGGUGUUCAGCAACUGUCGCCGCCGCCGCCGCCAUCAUGAGCUAUUCAGGUUAUGGGAACUGGAAUUCAGGCACAAAUAGAGGUUACGAGGACUAUAGUUAUGGAUAUGGAUACAGUCAGGAUAACUCUGGCAAUUAUGGAUAUGGUAUCUCAUCUAGAAACUGACACGAUGCAAGGAGGACAUUAUGGCUCAGGUGGAGACAGGUAUGAUACAUAUGAGUCCUAUGACUCAAGGGCUUCACUGAAUGACCGUGAUCUGUACAGAUCCGGCUACGAUUACAGUGAGGCUGAACAUGACACCGACAAUGCCUAUGAAGGUCACUAUGACAACUCCUAUGGGAGCCGCAGGGACCAGUACCACAACAGAGCACGUGACAACUUUGGCCACCGGGGUCAAAACUGGGCCAGAGAUGGGCGAAAUAACAGACCCAUGGCAUCUGCAUAUUCUGGGCGCAUGGGCGGACAGUGGAAUGAACCGCCAAUGCCAAUGGGAGGACGGGGCCAUGGCCCCAAUAGGCCCCCAUCCCUUUUCUCCCAUAAACUAUUUCCUGAAUACAACAUGUUCCAGGGAAUGCGAGGUUUCUCUGGCAACAUGCGCUUUGGAGGCGGCGGUAUGAAACAACGAAUGAGGAGAAACUGGAAAAUGUGGGACGCAGAUUUUAAAAAAAAAAGAAUUAAGAAUGAACCAACUGCUAAUAAGCGGAAACAGGCUAACAGUUCUGAUGAGCCUGACAGCAAGACAGCAAAAACUGAUGGCUCUGACAACUCAGACUCUGAUAAUGAAGACGGGCCUGAAGGAGAAGCUGCUGAGAAGGGUUCUAAAAAUGAGGGAGAAGGGGAAGGCGGUGAAGAUGAAGAAAGAAAAGGAGACUCUGAGAAAGGAGCUCUGACAAUUCAAGAAGAGAUCAGUCAGAUCAAGCGCAAAUUGCAAGCUGGUAAGAAAACUCAGGAGAGGCAAAAAAAAAGAUAUCGUGAUCGGAUGGUGGAAAGGAUUCAGUUUGUAUGUUCAUUGUGCAAAUAUCGCACUUUCUAUGAGGAUGAGAUGACCAAUCAUUUGGAGAGCAAAUUUCACAAGGAGCACUUUACAUUUGUUGGGACCAAGCUGCCCCAGCAGACAGCUGAUUUCCUUCAGGAAUAUGUUGCUAACAAAACAAAAAAGACAGAAGAACGCCGUAAAGCAAUUGAAGAUAUUAACGCAGUUAUACAACAGAUAUACAAAGACCAAGAUCUUACCCAGGACAUAGGCAUGGAGCAUUUUGUAAAAAAAGUGGAGGCUGCUCACUGUGUUGCCUGUGACCUCUUCAUCCCAAUGCAGUAUGGAAUUAUCCAGAAACAUCUGAAGUCACUUGAUCAUAAUCACAACCGCAGAGCUAUGAUGGAACAGUCCAAGAAAUCAUCAUUAGUAGUUGCAAGAAGCAUUCUUAACAAUAAGCUUAUCAGCAAGAAAUUGGAGCGGUAUCUGAAGGGUGAGAAUCCCUUCACAGAUGAUCCUGAAGAGAAAGAGGAACAUGAGGAAGGUGAGGCAGGAACAAGUAGUAAUAUGGAGGAAGGAGCAGGUGAAGGAAACCAGACUGAAGAGAAAACUACAAGUGGUGACAAUCUGGCUGAGGAAAAUCCAGUUGAAGAAGGUAGUGCAGAAAACAAAGGUGAUGAAGGAGGAGAGGAACCACCAGACCAAACGGAAGAGUGGAACUUGAAUGCAUCCAAGGAAGCCGUUGCUGCUGAGCAGGAGCAAGAACAUGAAGAUGAAGAAGAAGAAAGAAGAGGAACUGCACCUUCAGAGGAGAUGGAACCACCUGAUGAGUGAACUUGCAAAGAAAGUUGAAGCAUUUUGAGACUCUACAUUAAAACUUUUAAAACCAUAACUGUAUUUGUGACACUACAUGGCACGCGGCUUUUGAUUCUCAUUGACUACACUUUCACCUAGUUACAGCACUUAAAAGCCUUUAUCUGUAAAGUGUUUUUGGAAAUAGCUUUUUUUAACCAAAUCUUCGUUGUAUUAGCUAGGUUUUGUGCAGUACAAUUUUUAAGUGGCUUUGUACUAGGAAAAAUACCUUUCUUUUUUCUUUUUUUGGGGAGUAAAUACUUAAACCCAAACUUUGUUAAUUAGCUUGUACUAUGCUACAACUUGGGGUGGGGGGUAAAUGUCCUCUAAGAUUCUCCUUCCCUUUAAUUUUGUAUAUAGUUGAAAAUGUUUUUCGUUCCCUAGCUAGCCUUGACUGGAAAUGUGAGUAGCAGAAUUCUGGGUUUAAAAUUCUGCACAAUUGGAGUAACUUCCAUGCAACUGUAGCAUUCUUCUAUUCUUUCUUUUUACUUUUAAUAUACAAAGGUAAUACUUGGGGGUCAGCACAAUAGUUUUGCAGUGCUUUUAUUUAAGAGUGAUUGCUUCCAGUGAUUGGAGAUAAAAACAGUAUGUUAGGACGUACCUAUGCGUGAGGGUUUCUGGAAGAAGCAGUAAAAUGGUGGAUGUGCACAAAGCCUCAAAGAGGGAUAAAUACAUCCUGGCCCCUUCUUAAAAUCAGCAUUGCUCUAUUUGGGGUUUGUCCUGAUGUUGCUUAGGGGAUGUCAUUGACCCUGCUUGCCUUAGAAUGCUAUUCUGUAAAGAAAGGCUGUAGGAGCGCAUAUGAAAUCUACUGAUGAAGGUGUUACAGAAAUAUUAAAUAUUCCCUUCAAUGCA